UCAGCGCGAGCCAGGUCAGAUCUUUCCGGGUAACUUGAAAUCUUCAAACCAGGAAGUGGAGCGAAUCUCUACAAACAUCGUCUUAUUUCAACACGAUAGGACGCGAUACGGGCGUUUGGAACAUUCCUUAGCGAUGUUAAAGCUUUUGGUUCUCGUUUUGUUGGUUACUGUGCCAAUAGUAUCGUGUAAAAAGAGGAAGAAGACGUUUGAUAGCGGAGAAAAGAAGCCUCUUGAUGUAGACGUGAAAGGCUUGCAAGACGGUCUCGACUCGUUGGUGCAGGGGUUGGAGUCGCUGGAAACCAUGUUCGGAGUGGUGGAAGAGGCGGGCGAUCUGGAGUGUGGGUAUGUCUGUAAGAACGGAAAGAAGCCCAGAAAAAAUCCCCAUCACAAGCCUCGGUCUAAUGGCUGUGGUUCCUUUGGACUCCUGAUAGACACCAGAGAUGUUCCCGAGAUGACGCGAUGCUGUGACAAACACGACAUUUGUUACGACACCUGCGGGAACAAACGUCAGGACUGUGAUGACAAGUUUAAAACCUGCCUGGACAAUAUGUGUGAAGAGCUCAGUAGAACUCUGUCAGCAGACCAAAAUGAAGGGUGCCAAAUGACCUCCCAGCUCAUGUAUGCAGGCACCAUGGGCCUCGGUUGCAAGUCCUACAAGGAGGCCCAGAAGAGGGCCUGCAUAUGUGACGAGGACAACGACUGGCUAGACAAGAAACCAAUUAAGAGCAGCAAAGCAUUUGGUGACCUUUGACACUAAGACUACUGUUGGGUCAUUUGUGUUAGAUAAUUCUCCAAUUACAGAGGUAUUAGAAAAGUUUGUGUCUAAAUUUUAUCUUUCCUGAUUUUCUGAUAAAUUUUUAAUGAACAGAAAUAUCCAACAAAGCUGGAUUAGAUAGGAUUUUAGCAAGUAAAGUAUUAGAACAGGCAGUUUUUAUGUGCUACUCACAGUGCUAGCCUCAGGCAAUACAGUAGAAAUGUUCUAGCGUUUAGGUAUUGUGUAGUUCUUGUGGUACAUGUUUAUGUUGUUUACCCAGAAAUGACAGUCUUGCUUUGUUCACCAAAGAGUUUUAGCCAACCUUCAAGUUGCCAGUCAAUUACAAAUGAAAUAGUUCAGCUUAUAUCAGUAUUGGUGACUAUAAUACAUCAGUAUAUGUUUCUGUGUGUGUGUGUGUGUGUGUUAAUGUGUGUGUGUGUGUGUGUGUGUGUGUGUGUGUGAUUGUGUGUUGGAGUGUGUGUGUUUGUGAGUCUGUGUUGAUCAACAAACUUACUCAAUGGCUGAAUAGUUUAUAUUUGUUGUGAUGAUUUGUGGUGAAGGUUGUGACAGAGACUGGAAAUGAUUAUAUUUUAGCCAGUCUCCUCAACUCUGCAGCAGUGUCUCUGGCUCUUCAAUCUUUCUAUACUCUGACAUUUAAAAAAAGUUAAUAUCUAGAUUAGCCUGAAAUGUAAAUGUUUCAAUUGGACCCUAGUCUUGCUGCAAUGAUUUUACCAUUCCCGUUAUGUCUUAAUAGGAAUGGUUUAUAAAAUUUGUAUAUUUUUUGGGUUGUCAGUGUAGGGGUCACCUAAUACAUUUUGUAUUUUUUUUGUAUUUGAUGGCAAGUUUGAUAUGCUGACCUAGUAAAGGAAAAGUGUGGAAAUAAUUUUUUCUGUAUGUACCAGAUCUGACUUGGCAAGUUAUAAGGAUAGUCCAAGGGGACUAUCAUUAAAGUAAAAUGGUUUAUCUGCCUAUCAUUUUUUUUAACUGCAUUAAUUCUACAACUGCACAUUACAAGCAAGAACAAAACCACUUGUUUGAAAAAAGAGUUUUCUAAGAGACAAUCAGUCUGUCUUGGAAUUUUACAUAUCUGUGCCUUUUAUUGUCACCAUUGUUAGACAAUGUUUUUAAAACAAUGUUAAUAAAAGUAUGUUCAAUCAAA